AUGUCAGGUCUGCAGUGGGUGUACAAGUGGAUCUCAGAGUCCUAUGGGCUGAAGAAGGAGCUUAAUUCCGUCGCUUCUGAGCUGUCUGCACGGCAGGAGGAGAGUGAACAUUCUCAUAAACAUUUAAUUGAACUCCGCCGGGAAUUUAAGAAAAAUGUACCUGAGGAAAUCAGAGAGAUGGUGGCUCCUGUAUUAAAAAGCUUCCAAGCUGAGGUGGUGGCCCUUAGUAAAAGAAGUCAGGAAGCUGAGGCUGCUUUCUUGAGUGUUUACAAGCAAUUAAUUGAAACACCAGACCCUGUACCUGUAUUUGAGCCAACGCGCAGCCUAGACGACAGACUGCAGCCCCCCAGCUUCAACCCCAGCGGGCAUCCGCUGCGAGACCUCCACGCUUCGUGGAAGAGAAACCCCGAGCUCCUCAGCCCUAAAGAGCAGAGAGAGGGGUUGUCCCCAGCCGGGCCCACGCUGACCGAGGGGAGCCGCCUCCCCGGCAUUCCCAGCAAAGCCCUCCUGACAGAAACUUUGCUGCAGAGAAAUGAGGUGGAGAAACAAAAGGGCCUUCAAGAAGUACAAAUCACUUUGGCAGCCAGACUGGGGGAGGCAGAGGAAAAGAUCAAGGUCCUACAUUCAGCGUUGAAGGCCACGCAGACAGAGCUGCUGGAGCUGCGGCGGAAAUAUGAUGAGGAGGCGGCAUCCAAGGCAGAUGAAGUCAGCCUGAUCAUGACCAACCUGGAGAAAGCUAAUCAGAGAGCUGAGGCUGCCCAGCGGGAGGUGGAAAGUCUUCGGGAACAACUUGCCUCUGUCAACAGCUCCAUCCGCCUGGCCUGCUGCUCCCCCCAGAAUCCCAGUGGGGAUAAGGUGAACUUCACACUGUGCUCGGGCCCGCGGCUCGAGGCUGCCCUGGCCUCCAAGGAUCGGGAGAUCCUGCGGCUGCUGAAGGAUGUGCAGCACCUCCAGAACUCUCUGCAGGAGCUGGAGGAAGCCUCCGCCAACCAGAUUGCCGACCUGGAACGGCAGCUCACAGCCAAGUCCGAGGCCAUCGAGAAGCUGGAAGAGAAGCUCCAGGCACAGUCUGACUAUGAAGAAAUUAAAACAGAGCUGAGCAUCCUGAAAGCCAUGAAGCUGGCCUCCAGCACCUGCAGCCUCCCCCAGAGCCUGGCCAAGCCCGAGGACUCGCUGCUCAUGGCCAAGGAGGCGUUCUUCCCUGCUCAGAAGUUUCUGCUGGAAAAGCCAGGUCUCUUGGCCAGCCCUGAGGAGGACCCUUCGGAGGAUGACUCCAUCAAGGACUCUCUGGGCACAGAGCAGCCCUACCCAUCUCCUUCACAGCUCCCACCACCGCCACCACCAGGGCCGGAAGACCCCCUGUCCCCAGGCCCCGGGCAGCCCCUGCUGGGCCCUAGCCUGGGCCCUGAUGGCCCUCGAACUUUCUCACUGUCCCCUUUCCCCAGCCUGGCCUCAGGGGAGAGACUGGCAGGGGACGUGCUGCUGUCUAAGCACAUGAUGCCCCCGGCCGCCUUCAAGGGAGAGGCAGGCAGCCUGCUGGUGUUUCCCCCCACCUUCUACAGCGCCAAGCCCCCCACGGCCCCUGCUACCCCAGCCCCUGGCCCUGAGCCACCUGGGGGCCUGGAGCCGGCUGAUGGUGGCGGGGCCAGCACGGCUGGGGCAGGUGCCGGAGCAGAGGAGGAGCAGCUGGACACGGCGGAGAUUGCGUUCCAAGUGAAGGAGCAGCUGCUCAAGCACAACAUUGGGCAGCGGGUGUUCGGCCACUACGUGCUGGGGCUGUCACAAGGCUCGGUCAGUGAGAUCCUGGCCCGGCCCAAGCCCUGGCGCAAGCUCACGGUGAAGGGCAAGGAGCCUUUCAUUAAGAUGAAGCAGUUCCUGUCGGACGAGCAGAACGUGCUGGCUCUGAGGACCAUCCAGGUGCGGCAGCGAGGCAGUAUCACCCCAAGAAUACGCACACCAGAGACAGGCUCUGACGACGCCAUCAAGAGCAUCCUGGAGCAGGCCAAGAAGGAGAUCGAGUCACAGAAAGGGGGUGAGCCCAAGAACUUGACAGCCCCAUUGACCAUCACUAAUGGCACAGCCUCUGCCAGCACCUCAGAAGAUGCCAUCAAGAACAUUCUGGAACAGGCACGCCGGGAGAUGCAAGCACAGCAGCAGGCCCUACUGGAGAUGGAGGCAGGACCCCGGGGCCGCUCAGUACCUCCUUCACCCCCAGAGCGGCCCUCACUGGCAGCUGUGAGCCAGAAUGGGGCUCCAACCUACGUCAAGCAGGAGGACAGCAGUGGUAGCAGUGGCAGCGGGGGGACCAGCAGCAGUGCCACACAGACAUCCCUCACUGUCCUGUCUCCCGCUGCCUUUGUGCAGAGCAUCAUCCGGAAGGUCAAGUCAGAGAUCGGUGAUGCUGGCUACUUUGAUCAGCACUGGGCCUCAGACCGCGGCCUGCUCAGCCACCCCUACACCUCUGUCUCACCCUCACUCUCCUCCUCCUCCUCCAGCUACUCUGGCCAACCCAAUGGACGGGCCUGGCCCCGUGGGGAUGAGGCUCCCACAAUCCCUGAGGAUGAAGCGGCUGGGGGUGAGGACGAACCCCCAAAGUUGGGCGAGCUCAAGGCCGAGGGGGGCAUUUCUGAGUCAGGCAACAGCGGGCGGCUAGCCUACUACCCAACAUACGUGCCCCGCACACUGAAGCCCACCGUGCCGCCCCUGACCCCAGAGCAGUACGAGCUCUACAUGUACCGUGAGGUGGACACACUGGAACUGACGCGCCAGGUCAAGGAGAAGCUAGCCAAGAACGGAAUCUGCCAGAGGAUCUUUGGGGAGAAGGUGCUGGGUCUGUCACAGGGCAGUGUGAGCGACAUGCUGUCCCGGCCGAAGCCAUGGAGCAAGCUGACACAGAAGGGGCGGGAGCCCUUCAUCCGCAUGCAGCUAUGGCUCUCGGACCAGCUUGGGCAGGCCAUUGGCCAGCAGCCCAGCGCCUCACAAGCCAGUCCCGCCGAACCCAGGUCCUCACCGUCUCCACCCCCUAGCCCCACGGAGCCCGAGAAGAGCUCCCAGGAGCCCUUGAGCCUGGUAUUGGAGAGCAGCAAGGAGAACCAGCAGCCAGAGGGACGCUCCAGCUCCUCACUGAGUGGGAAGAUGUGCUCGGGCAGCCAGGCCACAGGGGGCAUCCAGGAGAUUGUGGCCAUGUCCCCUGAGCUGGACACCUACUCCAUCACCAAGAGGGUCAAGGAGGUUCUCACAGACAAUAACCUAGGGCAGCGGCUAUUCGGGGAGAGCAUCCUGGGCCUGACGCAGGGCUCCGUGUCCGACCUGCUGUCCCGGCCCAAACCCUGGCACAAGCUCAGCCUGAAGGGGCGGGAGCCCUUUGUGCGAAUGCAGCUGUGGCUCAAUGACCCCCACAACGUGGAGAAGCUGAGGGACAUGAAGAAGCUGGAGAAGAAAGCUUACCUGAAGCGCAGGUACGGCCUCAUCAGCACCGGUUCAGACAGUGAGUCUCCAACCACCCACUCCGAGUGCCCCAGCCCCUGCCUGCAGCCCCAGGACCUGAGCCUCCUGCAAAUCAAGAAGCCCCGAGUGGUGCUGGCGCCCGAGGAGAAGGAGGCCCUGAGGAAGGCCUACCAACUGGAGCCCUACCCCUCCCAGCAGACCAUCGAGCUCCUCUCCUUUCAGCUCAACCUCAAGACCAACACCGUCAUCAACUGGUUCCACAACUACAGGUCCCGGAUGCGCCGGGAGAUGUUGGUGGAGGGGACCCAAGAUGAACCAGAUCUCGACCCCAGUGCGGGUACUGGCAUCCUACCACCAGGCCACUCCCACUCAGACCCCACCCCACAGAGCCCCGACUCUGAGGCUGAGGACCAGAAGCCUACGGUGAAGGAACUUGAGCUCCAGGAGGGCCCUGAGGCGAGCAUCACUCCCCUGACUGCCCAGGACAGGGCCCCAGUGAGGAUCAAGCAGGAGCAGACUGAGGACAAUGCUGAGGAAGAGGCGGGCAGCCAGCUCCAGGACUCCGGGGAGCAGGACAAAGGCCACGGUUCUCCCAAAGAGAUGCAUCCAGACCCUUUCGGUAGUGAUGGGCUCCCAAAAGUGGCCCCAGGACCUCUUCUUCCAAGCGGGCCUACCCCAGACUGCCCCUUACUACAGCCCCCCCAGGAGAGCAGGGCAGGAGAGCAGCUACACCUGGACCCUCUAAGUUUUAAGUCGGCCUCAGAGUCCUCGCGCUGCAGCCUGGAGAUGUCACUGAACUCACCCUCGGCUGCCUCCUCACCAGGCCUCAUGAUGUCUGUGUCACCUGUACCCUCCUCCUCAGCUCCCAUCUCGCCAUCCCCACCCGGCGCCCCCCCUGCCAAAGUGCCGAGUGCCAGCCCCACUGCCGACACGGCUGGGGCCUUGCACCCCAGUGCCAAGGUGAACCCCAACUUGCAGCGGCGGCAUGAGAAGAUGGCCAACCUGAACAGCAUCAUCUACCGGCUAGAGAGGGCUGCCAAUCGGGAGGAGGCUUUGGAGUGGGAGUUCUGAAAGCAAGGGCAAGGGGCCAUCCUCACUCUUCACUCUCUCUCCCAGACAGGGCAGGGUACAGGAGGGAGGAACUCAACCACCAAAAUGUGGACAGCAGUGUUAUGCCACUUAACGUUUUUUUGUUGUAAUCCUAGUUCUAUAAGCUGUGAGCGAGCAGGUGGGGCAGAUGCCACUGCCUCCUCUUUUUGGCACGCCCGCCCCAGGGAGCACCCUCUUCUCUACUCUGGCCUCUCUGCAGGAGGCAAAGCAAAGUGGCGCCACAUUUUCACCUGGAAACUCCAAACUCUUUUAGAAAAAUAAAUAAAUAUUUAUAGACCUCUUUUAGAUAUUUUAAUAAAGGAUCCUUUGGAAUUUAUUCCCAGCCGAUGCUGUUUUGAUAUUAUAGAGAGUUAUAAAAUCAGGAUGCUGUCACAACUGUUGCGAAGUGUACACUGAAGUUGUGUCAUUUUUGCCACUAGAUGAGAUUAAAAGAAGACAAUUGUUCAAAGCCAUCACAAAACACUAUUAAGACUGACCAAAAUUUAGAUAACCUUUGAACCACGGUUUUUUCCCAUGUCUGUCUAUGAGACACAGCGCACUGCUCCUGCCCUUCCAGAAACCGUGCUGGAAAGAGAAAGUCCAAAAGACUCUAAACGAAAACCUCAAUGCUGUUGAGGAUGUGUUUCAUUCUGGUGGUCUGUUUUGCAACCUUGAUAACACAGAAUGUUGUGCCGUUGUAAAUGUUGUCGAGAUGUGGGCUGUGGCCGACUGUCCUAUCUGAGAUGUAACGUGGUACAAAAUGAACUGCCUGCACUCCCUCUAGUCAGAAACCUCUGGGCCGCAGAGGUUGUCCAGCUCGUCCGUUGUAGACAGGAUGUGUUUCCGGAUCCUAUGGAGGCAGGUGAUUGGAGGGUGGCACUUGAGCCAGGGUGACCCCAUUCCCCAACCUGAGUCAUGGCCACAGUCAGGAAGUCUCCCCCCUACUUUUCCAGAGCAAGACGGUGGCCGCCAUCUUCCCCUUUUGUGUUUUAAGGAAACAACAGCGUUGGUCACCCCACAAGCACCCAGCUGAGCUCUCGGCACCAAAAAGUAGAUUCAUCACACAGGGACCCAGGUCCCCUUCUCGCCUUCUCUCAAGUGGACCCCAGUGCUACUUCUGGGCGGUGUCUGCAACUCCAGGUCGAUGCAGAACAAGCGAGAAGGUUGAGUUUGCUGCAGCAUGACCUCCGUAGCCCAGUUUCCACAUCCACCCUCCUGCCUUCCACCACAUGACCUUUUGGGGAGCAAAGACUCAACCCUCCAAUUCAGAAGCCGUUCCUCCAGCAUCUUGAUGGUUUCUAGAGGGAGAGACCCCAAUCUGGAUGGGACAGCCACAAUAUUGGUUGUUGAAUCUCUCUCCUGAUUUUAUUUCUUAUCUUUUUCGAACUCUGUGGGAAGGCUGAGUUGGGUACCUCCCUACCUAAAUGCAGAAUGAUGAAGAAAAGGUGGCCAUAAUCGGUGCCUAUCCAUUGCCAGGGAGAGAGAUGGCUGACGGGGGUUUCAAGGAUGCUGAGAGCAUUUUGAAACCAGGCCAGUGAAACCUGAUGACCAGAAAGGGACAACUGAGGGCAGUUCCAGAUAUCUCAACUCUCAUGCACCCAGCCCAGGCUACAGUCUCCACGCCAGUCAAUGAAGAACCGCGCAAACCCUUCAGGAAAGUCUUUUCCGUACACCCAGGCUAUGCAUUGAAGAGUUUUCCACUGUAUACAUUUUUAUCCAGAUGAAGGUAUUUUUAUAUUUUGACAAUAGGAAACAGUGACCAAUUUUCAGAGUCAUCAAAUCUGGAACAAAUAAAACAGCUCCUUUUAGUCACCACUGCCCUGUCACAAGUAAGACACCAUGGGGGAACACACCACUUUUUACUGUUGAAACCCACACACCAUUGAAAUUCAGGCCUAUACACAGACUACAAUCCUUAGAAAAUGAAAUCUGGCUUUUGUGUGACGGGAUUUGAUUAAGCACUUAGUAUAGUCUUUUGAACACGGAAAUCCUGUUGUACUUAAAGCUAGUGGACCCGUGAACAGCUUUGUCAGGGUCAUGUCCUAUCACAGUGAAAACAAAACAAAAACCCACAAAACAGUUUCUAUGAGAAAUUGAUGAACUUUGUUUAAAAUUUUAAAAAAAGGGACACGUUCUGUAAAUGCGUCGCUCAAUACAGAAUUGUAUAAUAAGGUGUGGGUGUCCUGUUUGCU